AUGACUAUGAAUUCAUUUGGAUAUGCUGCUGAUAUUGCAUUUCAUCAUCCUAAAGAAAAGAUGGGCGAGAUUGGUGGCACUGAAGGACAUUCAUCUGCCUCCGCCAAUAAAAAAUGGCGAAACAAACAAAAAAAAUGUUCAUCCGAUCUCACAUCUCACCUCCCGGACAAGCCAUCACCUUUGUCUCCGGCUGAAUACCGCAAGUACCAGCUUCUCGAGCAGCAGUUCCAGAACGCAUUCAGACAACUAAACUCGAUCGUUGAAAAAUCCAGAGGCACCAAUAAGGAGGCAGCUGCAGAGUUGGAUGACCCCGUCACCUUCGAGCUCGAGGGACUUCUAUCGAGCUUCUUGUCAACAACUCUCGACAUUGCUGUCAGGAAGCUCGUCUUGUGCGGCUACAAUGUAGAAACAGCCGAGUGGGCCAUCCUCAGCAGUAGUAACUUUAACGGCAGUAAAGAUGCUGAGUCCAACAUCGUCGAGGGUGCCCUAGCUCUUUUGGAGAUGAACGAGCAUGUGGAAAUGCACAAGAAUACUGUGUUUGAGGGCUUCCAGAGCCUGGUUGAGUACACAUUACUCGAGAUGAUCCACGUAGUUCGGGAGCUGAGGCCUGAGUUGACCGUGACAGAGGUGAUGUGGUGCCUCUUGAUGAGCGAUUUGGACCUUGCAACUGCGUGCAGGCUUAGAUGUGCCCCGGAAGCCUCCGGAAGAAGCCCAGGGGAAUCUUCCGGAACAGGCCAGUCCAGUUCUGUUAAAUUGGCGAAAGGGGUCUCUGUUUCUCUUCAGGAGCUGAAGAUGGAUGAUAAACCUGGGCCCAGCGGCAGUAGAAAGGCGCCAGCUAUUCAUUUCAAGAGGGAUUUGCUCUGCCAGAAGGCGAACCAUUUCGAGAAGAACUACGGCGGCCGGUUUACAAAAGGGAGCUUUAAGGCCAAAGUUGCUGCAUGGGGAAGCAUGGUCUUGGACCAGUCACUCGAGUUGCAAUCCGGAGGGGUAAUGAUGGAAAACUACUCCAGAUUAAGUAUCUCUGAAGGAGGCGAGAAAAUUUCUGACGAUCCACAGCUGACUGAUAAAGGUCAACUUUCUGCAUUGCCAGCUGGGAAUCUCGACACCUGCAUGAGGGGCGAGAAAGUCAAUUUUCCUGAUCCGCCCAAGGAGCCCACCGAUCACUAUGCACAAAUCCCAUUUGAUGACAUUCUCCAGGAAUACGUGGAGGACCAGUUGCUGUUGGUCACCGUGCCUCUGAAGGCGGAGCUCAAGAAGGAGCUCGAAGGGUGGUACGACUGGGCGAAUGAGAAGGUCAUGCAGGUGGCCUGUAAGCUCUGGAAGGAACUGCCUGAACUGAAAACUCUAAGGCAAGAGAGAAAGGACAUUGAGAAUUGUAAUAAGCAAAAACAGACUGUUGAGGAGAGCAGAGUUAAGCAUGUGGCUGAAAUGGAUCACAGGUUGGCUAACGAGAUAAAUCAGAUCCAGAUGUCCAGCUUUACGGUUAAACAACUUGAAACCGAAACUGAUGUGCUGAGGAGGGGAAUGGAGGCUGCUAGGAUGGAGGCUCGCGGAUCGGAGGUAAAAUUGGACGAGGCUGCUGCGAAGGAGCAGGAAAUUAUGAAGAAAUUGCAGGCUUGGGAAGUAGAGAAGGAUUUGAUGAUUGAGAAAUUGACUAUUACGAGGCGAGAAAUUGCUGAGUUGGAGAGUCAGAUUGGGAAGAGGAAAAAUCGCCAGAAUCAGUUCAAGGUUCUGUUGAGGCAGGAAGAGAAGGAGAGACUGAAAGACGAGAGAAUGAUUGAUUCCCUGAGGAGGAAAAGGGAAAAAGUAGAAUCCGUAAUGAAGGCAGAAGCCGACAACAUAAACCGAAAGGUACAGAUGAAAAAACAAAAUUUUGAAGACAACAUCAAGAAUCUCCAGAGAAUGGUCUCCGAAUUGAAGCUGGAGUCUGAGAAGAAGAAAAUCGCGGCUCUAAACGCUAGCUAUGGCUUGAAUGUUCCUAAUGUAGGUAAGAGAUUGACUGUUUUUCAGGAGAUUUACGAGACUGGCGUUGCCAAGGAGGAGAGGGAGUGUGUGAUGUGCAUGAAUGAUGAGAUAUCGGUGGUUUUAGUGCCUUGUGGUCACCAGGUUCUUUGUGGGCCGUGCAAUGAUCUUCAUGAGAAGCAGGGUAUGAAGGACUGCCCGUCCUGCAGGGGAAUGAUCGACAGUCGGGUUUCUGUCUGUUUUCGGUAG